AUGGCGGCAUUAAUGCGCGUCGCCCAAGGAGCUACUCGGAUGCUUGUUCGUCCACUUGCCGCUGCACCUGCCGUGGUAACAAGGUCACUCGCAUCGAUGCCUGCAGAAGCUUUCAAGAAACACGAAGUAAUACCGGACGUUCUGAAGACUGCCCCGUCGAAAACUGCGAAAGCUGUUUAUGAAGGUGGUGUUGAGGCUUCGUUAGGAAAUGUGCUGACACCAACUCAAGUGAAGAGUCCUCCAAAACUUACAUGGGACACGGAACCAGGAGCGCUAUAUACUGUUAUCCUCACAGAUCCUGAUGCGCCUUCUCGAAAAGAGGCCACUUAUCGUGAGUGGCACCACUGGCUGAUCAUCAAUGUUCCUGGAAAUGAUAUUGACAAAGGCGAUGUCCUUGCUGAAUACAUCGGUGCUGGACCUCCAAAGGGAACUGGUCUUCACCGCUACAUCUUUUUGGUGUAUAAGCAACCCGGUAAAAUUACUGACUCGGAACAUGGACAUCUGACAAAUCGCUCCGGUGAUGGAAGAGGUGGAUUCAAGACAUCCAAGUUUGUUGAGAAGCACAAGCUCGGUAACCCUAUUGCGGGCAACUUCUUCCAGGCUGAGUGGGAUGAUUACGUACCAACACUCUACAAACAGCUCGGAGGAUAAGAUUAGGACUUGCUAGAGACGAUUUAUACCCUUCUGUGUCACAAUAUUCGGUUUCAACUUACGUGUUCAUUUAUGUUUCUGCGUUUUGUUAUGAGUACUGAUAAAUUAUUGGGUAAUUUUCUC